CCUGUUCCCGGUCCCCGUGCGCCCCGGUGCGCGGGACCCCGCCUUGCACCUGAGCCCAAUCCCGCGGGAGACACGCUCGGUGAGCCGGAUCUCCAACUCUUCGCUGCGCCGGCUCUCCACGGACUUGGCAGCUUGUACCGGGAAGGAGAUGCCCAGGGUCUCCGAGGCUCACCCUCCGACUGCACCCAGAUUUAGAAGGCAUUGAGAGCAGCCUCAGUGGAGCCACUCCGGCUCCAGCCAGUUAUCUUCUAGCCUGGGUCUUUGCCGAGAUCCCCCAGCCCCGCCCCUCCUCGCCACCCAAGCCAGUCUCCAUAGGGGCUGAGGUCCCUGUUGCGGUAUCCCUCAUGGCCAAGCCUCUACCGCUAGUUCUCUGCUUCACUCUGGUUGUGGUCCGGGUUUGGGGGUCCAGCACUCCCUCCACGGGGACGAGCGAGCCCCCUGAUGUGCAGACGGUGGGGCCCACGGAGGAUGAGACUCUGCAAAACGAGGCGGACAACCAGGAGAACGUUUUGUCUCAGUUGUUGGGGGACUAUGACAAGGUGAAGGCUGUAUCCGAGGGCUCAGACUGUCAGUGCAAGUGUGUGGUGAGACCCCUGGGCCGAGAUGCCUGCCAGAGAAUCAACAAGGGUGCCUCCAGGAAGGAAGACUUCUACACUGUGGAAACUAUCACCUCAGGCUCAUCCUGCAAGUGUGCCUGUGUUGCUCCCCCAUCCGCCCUCAAUCCCUGCGAGGGAGACUUCAGACUUCAGAAACUGCGGGAGGCAGACAUCCAGGACCUGAAGCUCUCUACAAUCAUAGACAUGCUGGAAGGAGCUUUUUAUGGCCUGGAUCUCCUGAAGCUACAUUCAGUCACCACCAAGCUCGUGGGGCGUGUGGACAAACUGGAAGAGGAAGUUUCUAAAAACCUCACCAAGAAAAAUGAGCAAGUCAAAGAAGACAUGGAAGAAAUUCCGAUGGAGAUGAAUAAGCGAGGCAAAGAGAACCACUCUGAGAACACUCUAGACAGCAUGCAGGACCUCCGCUCAGCCCUGCAGAGAGAUGCAGCCGCAGCCUACGCUCACCAAGAGUAUGAAGAACGCUUCCUGCAGGAAGAAACCGUGUCCCAGCAGAUCAACUCCAUCAAGCUCCUGCAGACUCGGCCCCUGGCCCCACCUGAGGUGGUGAAGCCGCAGCGCCCCUUGCAGAGGCAGGUCCACUUGAGGGGCAGGCCAGCCUCCAAGCCCACUGUCAUCCGGGGCAUCACCUACUACAAAGCCAAAGUUUCUGAGGAAGAGAACGACAUGGAAGAGCAGCAUGAACUUUUCAGUGGUGACCAUGGAGUGGAUUUACUCAUUGAAGAUCAGCUCCUGAGACAAGAUGACCUACUGACCAGUGCCACCCAGAGGCCAGCAGUCACCCAUCCAGGGACUGUGGUGACCACUGACUCCUCAGUAGUGCUACCAGUCUCCACCUCGGUGCUUGACCUUCCUGCCUCCAUCCACCAUGCCUCAGCUGGACAACUCUCCAUCACACCAGAUACGAACUCCGUGGUUCUAGACACCAUGGUGGAGGCACCUUCUACCCAGGUCCCAGCCACCACUGUGGCCUACACAGCCACCCUACAACCCCCAGCUGCAGCAGCCCCCACAAUGGCUCCUGAAGACGCCUUUGUGGAAGCUAUGCACAUGGCUCCACUGCCUCCCUUCACAGUCAGAGGAGCCCUACUGGGGACAGAUGCAACUGCUGGGCAGGGAACAACCCCCACUGGUGGUCCCGAAGAGGAAGAUGACAUCCGGAAUGUCAUAGGGAGGUGCAAAGACACCCUGUCCACAAUCACAGGGCCAACCACACAAAACACAUAUGGGAGAAAUGAAGGCGCCUGGAUGAAGGACCCCCUGGCCAAGGACGAGAGGAUUUAUGUAACCAACUAUUACUAUGGCAACACCCUGGUAGAGUUCCGGAACCUGGAGAACUUCAAACAAGGUCGCUGGAGCAAUUCCUACAAGCUGCCGUACAGCUGGAUCGGCACAGGCCAUGUGGUGUACAAUGGUGCCUUUUACUAUAACCGAGCCUUCACCCGAAACAUCAUUAAGUAUGACCUGAAGCAGCGCUAUGUGGCUGCGUGGGCUAUGCUCCAUGAUGUGGCCUAUGAAGAGGCCACCCCCUGGCGGUGGCAGGGCCACUCUGAUGUGGACUUUGCUGUGGAUGAGAAUGGCUUAUGGCUCAUCUACCCAGCCCUGGACGAUGAGGGUUUCAGCCAGGAGGUCAUUGUCCUUAGCAAGCUCAAUGCUGUGGACCUGAGCACACAGAAGGAGACCACGUGGCGCACAGGGCUGAGGCGGAAUUUCUAUGGCAACUGUUUUGUCAUCUGUGGGGUGCUGUAUGCCGUGGACAGCUACAACCAGCGCAAUGCCAACAUCUCCUAUGCCUUUGACACCCACACCAACACACAGAUCGUCCCCAGGCUGCUGUUUGAGAAUGAAUAUUCCUACACAACUCAGGUAGACUACAACCCCAAAGACCGCCUCCUGUAUGCCUGGGACAAUGGCCACCAGGUCACCUACCAUGUCAUCUUUGCCUACUGACACCCUUAUCCUUGCACAAAAGCAUUCGAGGGGCCACUAGCACCUUGUGUGUCUGUGUGUCUGUGUGUAUGAGUGUGCAGGUGGAUAUGUGUUAUAAAAUAUAUAUUUUGUAUAAUAUUACAAAUACAAAAUGACAGUUUGGGUCUAUUUUUUUUAAAUAUGGAUUGUAGAUCAAUCCAUACAUGUAUGUGCUGGUCUCAUCCUCCACAGUUUAUAUUUUUGUGCAAAUGAACUUCUCUUUCUGACCAGCAGCCACUUUCCUUCAUGCCCUAUACCCUUCUCACUCUGGGGAAAGGUUUCUUCCCUUGGGUCUUGCAGGCAGGAGUGAAGGAACAAGAAAGAGGGCUGAGUGGCGGGAAAAAAAAAUUAUGUAUUGGAGAAGUUUUAAAAACCUAGAAAAAAGCUUUUUUUAAAAAUAAAGAAGACAUUUAAA